AUGUGGCGUUUAUUCUUUCGAGAUGGUUGGGUGCUAGUUUUGGGUCGGCGGCUCAGACGAUUUCUGGGGGGGGUUGUGACUGAUUUGUUCUUUUUACAUGAGAGGGGACGGGCGUAUGCUGUUUUUGCCGCGGCUGUUAUUGGGGGUGCGGCUGUUGGGGGCACUGCUAGUGGGUUUAUUGUUGGGAGUUCUCCUUGGCCCGUGCAAUUUUGGUGGAUUGUGGCUUUGCUUGGGGUGGCUGUUUUUGCUGUGUUUUUCUUUCUGGACGAUACGACGUUUGAUCGAAGGGAGAGUGGGAUUGUUGGUCCUGGAGAACAGAGGUCUUUUCUUCGCAAGCGGUGGGAUACGCUCUGUCCGGGCACGAAAGUGGUGGCGCCUUCUGCUAUCAAGCAUGUUUCCGUCAAUAUUCUACUUGGCGUCUUCCUGCAGACACCUGUCGAGGCUGGAGGCUAUGGGUUCACGCCCGUUAACAAUGCUUGUUUCUCGUUCCUCACCUGGGGUGCGGUCCUUUGCGCAGCAGCUUACGGCGUGGCUUUCAACGAUAGGCUGCCGCUCUGGAUGUGUCGUCGAAAAGGAGGGAUCUUGCUCCCGCCGGUCGUAAACUACAUUACGGAGUGUUUCGUCCAGCACUCGACGGAGGUGUUUGUCAUACUCAACUUCUAUCGAUUCAUUCUCGGAAGCACUGUUCCUUUCUUCGUCACYUCUUGGGUGCAUGAAGUUGGAGUGRGCUGGGUAUUUGGCUCUAUGGCCUUCUUCUGCCUUAUUGGAUUCGCAUUCACAUGGAUUCUGGCGCAAUUUGGGUCCCGGAUCCGCGCUCUGUCGAUGGCACGAUUUGUAACAGAAUCCGAGGAUGGUGAUCGCUUGUUCCAGGACCGGUCGGUCGGGGGUGAAAAUGCUACUGCACAUGGCUCUGAGCAAGUCGAAGAAACCAAGUGA